AUGAACAGGUACUCGAACACGGAGACCACAGACCUGUGGAAGGCCUGGAGCCAAGCCAGCGGCCAGCCGGUCGAGAAGCUCAUGGCAUCCUGGACGGAGCAGAUGGGCUACCCGCUGGUCACCGUGAAGAGCUGCAGUGGCACGGAGGUGGAGCUGGAGCAGACUUGGUUCUUGGCAGAUGGCUCCGAGGUGAAGAAGGAGGAGGAGAAGACCUGGACGAUUCCCAUCAUCUUCCAGGACGCGAAGCCAGUGCUCAUGGAGGGCAAGACUCAGAAGUUCAGCAUCCCCAAGUCGGACUUCCUUCUGAUCAAUGCAGGCAGGGAAGUGCCCGUGCGGGUGCUGUACACGGACGAGCUCUACAGCAAACUGGCCACGGCCAUUCAGAAAGGGCAGCUGGGUGUGAGCGACCGUGCUGGCCUGGUACUGGACUCCUUCGCCCUGGCCAAAGCCGGCAAGCUCGGGGCCGACAAGGUCUUCCAGCUGUUGGCGUCAUUCAAGAACGAGAGGAACUACAUCGUGUGGGACGCCAUCUCGCAGGUCUUGAAUGGCUUCAACGCCAUGCUUAUGGUGGGCGUUAGUGAUUCGGUCUACGCUUCCUUCAAGUCCUUCGUGAGCAAGUUGAUCGCAGAUGCCGCGAAGGAGAUUGGAUGGCAGCAGAAGGAGUCGGAUGGGCACCUGGAUGGGCUUCUGCGGGAAGAUCUGAUCAACCUGCAGGCCAAGUUCUCUCAGGACCCGGAGGCCAUCCAGGAGGCCAAGAAGCGCUUCGAGGCCUUCCUGGCAGGCGACUCCGCAUGCCUCCCAGAUGACAUCAAGGAGCCCGUGUUCCGCAUGGUGCUCCAAUCCGGCGGGGAGAAGGAGUACAAGGCGGUGAGAGAAAUCCAUAGCAAGGCGGAAACCAAUAUCGAGAGGAAACACGUCUACGUCACCAUUGGCAGCGCUGCCAGCGCUGCUCUGAAGAAAGAUGUACUGCAAUGGGUGAUCUCCGGGGACAUCAAGAUCCAGGACUUCUUCUAUCCUCUGAACUCUGUAGCUGCGUCCUCGAAAGAAGCCGUGGAGUUCACCUGGGAGUUCUACAAGGCCAACUUCGAGAAGAUCUGGGGCAUGUGCAAAACCGCAAGCCCCUCCUUGAUGGAUGCCAUGAUCGCGGGCUCCGCGCGGGGCUUCUGCACCUCGGAGAAGGCCGCCGAGGUGGAGCAGCGCCUCGGAGACGACCCCACCGAGACCCUUUGGGUUCGGGGGGAUUGGAUUGAUUCCCGGGGAUUCCUUUAUAGGAGUUCGAUAAAGUUUUCUUUCUGUGGUUUUGCCUUGCUUGCAAGAAAAACAGAUAGGUGUUUUUCUGAUGGUUUUUGGGUGGUUGUCUUGUGGUUUCUCAUGCGGUUCCUGUAUUUCCAUUGGUGUCCUAUGACUUUUUGUUGUCGGUUGUCCAUAGUGGAAAGCCAACCCAAGGAACACCGUCCCCAUGUGUGGGCUAAGAAUGCUCAGGUGACUAAAGUGAUUCACUUGGGGCAAGACACCCUUGCCACUUAA